AUGUUUGCUUCUAGACGGUCUGCGCGUUUGCGCUUGUCUUUGCCCUCGGUAUUGCCUGCGCGAACUGCAAUUGCAGGUCAGCGCUCCUGCAUCAAUGUGCAGGACUUCCACUCCUCGCCGAAGCAGGCCGGAUCCCGGGCUACGUGGAUGCCGAUGCGCGUUAAAACGCCAUGGAUUGAUGCACUGAGCAUGAGACGGGAGGCGGAAAAGAUUGACCCUCAAUCAAGUGGCCAACAGACCAUCAAGAGAGAUCUUACACCAAAGAAGAUGUCGGACAGUUUUUACAGUGCAAUUCUCCCUCUGGCACAGGACAAAUGGCUUCUGGACUCAUAUCUGAACGCAGAUGGGCACAUCAGACUAGGGUCACUGCUGAUGGAUCUGGAUGCUUUUUCCGGUGUCAUUGCCGCUCGCCAUACCGGUGAUGGUGUCUCGACUGUCACUGCAGCUUGUGACCGAAUCACUAUCGAGAACCCUCUAAUGGAGAUCUGUGACCUGGAGCUGAGUGGCCAAUGUACGUAUGCUACCGGUCGGUCAAGUAUGGAAAUUUCCCUUCAGAUCACCAAGGCCCGCCCGGAAGGCGUGGAGGCCAAACCUGAAGAUGUUCUGAUCACCUGUGCCUUCACAAUGGUGUCCCUGGACCCCAUCACAAAAUUACCUGUUCCGGUGCCCCCUCUGAUCGUGGAGUCGGAAGAAGAGAAGCGCCUCUACGCAAAGGGAGAGGAAAACUCAAAAGCCAAAAAAGCCCUGCGCACUCGCAGUCUUUUGCAAAAAGCCCCGGAUGACGAGGAGAGUAACCUGAUUCACUCAAUGUGGACAAAGGAAAUGUCCUACCUAAAUCCCCAAAUCGCGACCACCCGUCCAGCAAACCAGGUCUUCAUGAGCGACACCGUCCUCAAAUCCGCCAUGAUCAUGCAACCCCAAGAUCGCAACCGCCACAACUUCAUGAUCUUCGGUGGUUUCCUUCUCAAACAGACAUUCGAGCUGGCAUUCUGCUGUGCGGCCUCCUUCGCACAUGCACGACCAAACUUCGUCGCUCUGGACCCUAGUACUUUCGAGAACCCAGUUCCCGUCGGUAGCGUGCUUUAUUUGCGUGCAACGGUCUCCUAUACAGAGCCUGAAGAACGUGAGGGUGACAGUACCAAGUACACCAAGGUGCAAGUCCGCGUUGACUCCAAGGUUCGAGACGUUGAGCACGGGACGAAGAAGUCCACUGGCAUGUUUAACUACACUUUCCUUGUUGAGAAGGAUGUCCAGGUUAUGCCAAAGGGGUAUGGGGAGUUUAUGCUCUGGACUGAUGCGCGUAGAAGAGCGCAGAAUGCCGCUGCUAUCGAUCCGGCUCACAAGCUCAGUGCUCUGAGGAGUAUCAAGGAUAGUGUUACUGAGUAA